CAAACAUUCAACGAUUUCCUGAAUUGGAUUUUCGUUCGAUUUUGAGGACUAUCUCGAAUAAAAGUCGCUAAAAAGUGAACAAAAAGUUGAACUCUUACACUUGGAAGUGUAUAAAACCAAAAAUUCACGGAUCUGACGUAAUUUUAAGGAAAAUUCUUUGAGAAUCAGCACUAAAUAUGGCAAGAAAUGCAAAUAAGCAAGUGAAAGCUCAAAAGGGCUCGGAUUUGAACAAAAAUUCAGUCGUUAUCCAGAAGGGCAUCAGUAGAUCUGGUCGUGCCAUCAAACCAAAAGCUAUUUUUGGAGAAAGUGUCGUUGAGCUUGUCAAGGCGAAAAAUAACGAGAAGGCGGCAAAGACAGCAAAAUCGAAGGUUGCUGCGAAAAAAGCUGCUGAAAAGACAGAAAAGAAAGUUUCGGAGAAAAAAGUAGCAGAAAAAGCUCAAGAAAAGAAAGUUGAAAAGACUUCGGAGAAAAAAGUUGACAAGACAUCAGAGAAAAAAGUUGAAAAAGUAACCGAGAAAAAGGUUGCGGAGAAAAAAGUUGAAAAAUCAGUAGAUAAGAAGGUAGAUAAUAAAGUAGAGGAGAAAAAAGUUGAGAAAGUAGUUGAAAAGAAGGAAGAAAAACCCGUCGCGAAACCCGUUGAAAAACCAACAGCAAAGAAAAAUGGACCCCCGCCAGCAAAGAAACAAGCUGUCGUAACAAAAGUUGUCAAAGCGCCCGUCUCUCCCAUGGUUGUUAGCCCAAAAAUCAUCCAAACUUUCCUCCCGAAGCAACAAUCUCCGCAAACCCCAUCAGGAAUGCCCAAAGGAUUCACUCCCGUAAACAUAUCUGCCAUCAUGGCGGGCAGCCCGAUUCAACCCGCGAAACCUGUAAUGGCAAAAAUCGUUUGUGUCUCGAAUCAGCCAAAUAACUCGACGCCCGUCAAUGCCAUCACAACACACCCGACUGUCACAAACAACAACAGCAAUCUCGCAAAAACUAUCGUCCUGAAGCCCGUACAAAAGCCCAUGACUUACGAGCAACGCGAAAAGGAGAUUCAAAUGCUUCGUGCUCGUCUCGCCAAACUCGAAGCGGAACAAGAAGCAGAACGCAAAGCACGAGUUGCUCGACAAGGCGUCUUAAAAACUCCGGAAGUGACAAUAAUCCGAAAGAUUAUUCAAAAACCCGCCCUCCCAUCGCAACAACAACAACAAAAAAUCAUGAUAAAACCGAAGCCUGUUGUUAUUGCGCCAGCUCCUGCUCCGACUCAAGCCGUUUCUCGACCUGUAGUUGUGACAUCAGUAGCUUCUGUGCCCCCCAAACCAUCAGUAGCUCCUGUUCUGGCGAAAACAUCAGUAGCUGUUCCCGCGAAAACAUCAGUAGCUACUCCUGUUGUCCCAAAAACAUCAACAUCUUCUCCCGUGAUCGUUGUGUCGACGAACGAAAAUCGCCCCGCGCGAAAAAUAAAGCCCACAUGGAAGGCCAUGGAACAAGAUUGACACGAAACUGAUAGCCAAGAUGAUUCACUUUGAGUACAAAUCGAUCACGUAGAAGAAGAUAUUGACUGUUUUUCUAUUAAAUUUAAGGUUUAAACAAUUUUUUUGAAAUUCUAAAUAAUAAAAAAAAAACGUUUUAUUUUGCUGAU